GAGGGGGAGUGAAGAGAGAGAGAGAGUCGCCAUUACUGCCUGGCAGUGCUGCUGAGAGGGGAGGGAGCAGAGAGAAGCAGGUUUCGGCUUACAACGCAUACCACACCAACAACACCAAAAUACACUAAAAUACAGGCUGACCGGCCGUUUGGGACUCCAGAGGACUACACCGUCAACUAAACCGGACUUUGGAUUCUGUCGGAGGACUCUAAUAACCGCAGAUUGUGGAUUCUAAAAAGGAGUUUUUUGCCUUUUAAUGUGGGAAUGCUUUCUCCUCCUUUCCGUGGUAUGUGGAUCUGGGAGCGACCAUGUUAAUAGGCAGGUGAUAAAAGGAGAAGCCGGCUGCUCUAUCCCAGCUUAAAGAAGACCCAGGAUAGAAACCAAGAGAGACGCACAGAGUUGGAGGGGGAUUCACCACUACCAAGGGAAAAUCAGCAUGAAAGUGCCUCUGUACCACUGACAAGCAGAACUGGAAUGAUAUCUUGACCUUUUUUCCUGGAAGUGACCAAGUUAGCGAUGAGCGGGGGGAUAUAAUGGCCAAGAACAAGGAUGCGCGCCCCCCGACAUUCGCCGUCAGUGUGGUUGGCCUCUCGGGGACGGAGAAAGAGAAGGGAAAUUGCGGUGUGGGCAAGUCCUGCCUGUGCAAUCGGUAUGUGCGUCCUGAUGCGGACAGCUACUACUCGGAGCACACCUCAGUGCUGAGCACGAUAGACUUUGGUGGUCGUGUGGUUAACAAUGACCACUUUCUAUACUGGGGGGAGGUGUCCCAUCGAGGGGACGAUGGGUUGGACUGUAAAAUCCAAGUCAUUGAGGAAACAGAGUUCAUUGAUGACCAGACGUUUCUUCCGCAUCGGAGUACGAACCUGCAGCCGUACACCAAACGGGCGGCAGCAACCAAGCUCCAGUCAGCAGAGAAGCUUAUGUACAUCUGCACGGACCAGCUGGGCUUGGAGCAGGACUUUGACCAGAAGCAGAUGCCCGAUGGGAAGCUGAACAUCGACGGUUUUGUGCUCUGCAUUGAUGUUAGUAAGGGUUGCAAUAGGAAGUUUGAUGACCAAAUGAAGUUUGUCAACAGCCUCUACUCUCAGAUUGUUAAGUCAAAGAAGCCUAUUGUCGUUGCCGCCACAAAAUGUGAUGAGUGUGUGGACCAGCACCUGAGGGACCUGCAGGCCUUUGUUGCCAGCAAGAAGAACCUGCUGCUAAUUGAGACGUCCGCACGCUCCAACGUCAAUGUGGAGCUCUGCUUCAAUACCCUCAUCCAGCAGCUGGAUAAAACAAGGGGGAAGCCAAAAACUGUGCCAUACCUGGAGGCCUAUAAAAUUCAACGGCAGCUUGUUGCCUCAGUAACAGAUAGAUUUGACAAAUUGAUGGUGCACACAGUAAGAGAUUACCACACCACGUGGAAAACAGUGAUCAAUAAUAUGAAAGGCCAACCUGACUAUGAUGAGUUCAUCACCUUGGAGGGCUCCAGGAAAGCACGCAACAUGUUCACAAAGCACAUUGCACAACUGAAACAGGAGCACAUAAAGAGGAGGAGGGAAGAGUAUCUGACAACUCUACCGAAAACCCUUAAUAACCUCCUCAAUAACCUGGAGGAGGUUGAACACCUCACAUGGCCUGAGGCGCAGAGUGUGAUCCGGAACAGGCCUGAUUUCCAGUACUGGUUUAUUAUUCUGGAACAGACGCCAUGGGAUGAGACGGACCACAUCGACAACAGUGACCGCAGGAUACCCUUUGACCUCCUCGAUACACCUGAUGGUGAGAGAAUUUACCGCAACCACGUCCAACACCUGCUGUCCGAGAAGAGGAGGGUGGAGAUGAAAGAGAGAUUCAAGAAGACGCUGGAGAGGGUUCAUUUUAUCAGUCCAGGGCAGCCUUGGGAGGAAGUCAUGUGCUUUGUCAUGGAGGACGAGGCCUACAAGUACAUCACAGAAUCAGAUAGGAGGGAUGUUUACUGUAGACACCAGCAGGAAAUAGUUGAAAGGGCCAAAGAGGAUUUUCAGGAAAUGCUUUUUGAGCAUGCUGAGCUUUUCUAUGACUUGGAUCUGAAUGCCACCCCCAGCUGCGACAAGAUGAGCGAAAUUCACAGUGUGCUGAAUGAGGAGCCCAGAUACAGAGCACUGCAGAAACUUGCCCCAGAUAGAGAGUCGCUCCUCCUCAAACACAUUGGGUUUGUUUACCAUCCCACUAAGGAGACGUGCCUGAGCGGGCAGAACUGUGUUGAUAUGAAAGUGGAGCAGGUUUUAGCAAACAGGCUGGUGCAGCUUGACCACGGACGCUCUAAUCUCUACUAUAACAGUGCCAACAUCGAUAAGAUCAACCUCUGCCUCCUGGGAAGGGAGGGUCUCUCACAGGAACUAGCCAAUGAGAUCCGAGCUCAGUCCACCGAUGACGAGUACACUCUUGACGGUAAAAUUUACGAACUGGAGCUUCUCCCUGUGGACGUCAACUCCACGCUGCUCUUUAGCCAUACGUGGGUCACCACCUUCAAGCCACAUGGCUGCUUUUGUGUGUUCAACUCCAUAGAGUCUCUCAACUGUAUUGGAGAUUGCAUAGGCAGGAUCAGAGCGGAGAUAGCACAGAGUAGGAGAGAUAGAUUUGCUCAGCCGCUGCCAUUCAUUCUCAUCCUGGCAAAUCAGAGGGACAGUGUUUGUAAAAACAUACCUAUCCUGAGGCACCAGGGCCAGCAGUUGGCAAACAAGUUGCAGUGCACCUUUGUCGACAUCCCAUCUGGAGCCUUUCCGCGUAAAUUCACUGAGUUCCAAAUUAAGCAGGGUCUCCGAGCAGUGCUGGAGGGGCUAAAGCAUAACUUUGAUGUCUUGGCCCCACUGCCCUCUAUUAAAGACAUGUCAGAGACAGACCUUAGGAUAGUCAUGUGCGCUAUGUGCUGGGAUCCUUUCAGCGUUGACCUCAUCCUCUCGCCUUUCUUAGACUCACAUUGCUGUAGUGCAGGGCAGCCAGGCCAGAGCAACACGCUGAUACUGGACAAGAUCAUUGGUGACAGCAGGAGGAGGAUUCAGGUCACUGUCCUCUCCUAUCACUCUGCUAUUGGUGUCCGCAAAGAUGAGCUGGUGCACGGCUACAUAUUGGUCUAUUCUGCCAAACGCAAAGCCUCUAUGGCGACUCUGCGGGCAUUCUUGGCUGAAGUCCAGGAUGUGAUCCCCGUCCAGAUGGUGGCGAUCACAGACAGCCAGGCAGACUUCUUUGAGAAUGACGCCAUCAAGGAGUUGAUGACGGAGGGGGAGCACAUUGCCACAGAGAUUGCUGCCAAGUUUACAGCACUCUACUCACUGUCGCAGUAUCAUCGGCAGACGGAGGUUUUUACACCCUUCUUCAAUGAAGUGCUGGAGAAGAAGCCGAACAUUGAGAGUUCUUUCCUGUUUGACAGCUCGUCACGUGAGUGCACCACCGGUGCCAGUGAAGAUGUCUUCCCCACGUCGCCUCAUAGCCAUUCCCCGGCCUACAACACCUAUUACCCAGAAUCUGAUGAAGAUAAUGAGGCCCCCCCACCUUACAGUCCAAUAGGUGAUGACGUUCAGCUUCUCCCCACACCCAGCGAGCGAGCCAAGUACCGGAUUGACCUAGAAGGGAAUGAAUAUCCAAUCCAUAGCACACCUGUGGGAGACCAUGAACGCAACCACAAAGUGCCUCCACCUGUCCGGCCCAAACCAGUGCUCCCCAAGCCUAACGUCAAAAAGCUGGACCCCAACCUGCUCAAAACCAUUGAGGCUGGCAUGCGAAGUAACCGUAGGAUGCCGCGUGGCCCGAUGACACACACCGAUGAUGUGGAGGCAUCAGACAACUAUGCAGACCCUGUGGAUACCUUGCUGAGGGGCAGGGGCUUCCACAACGACGACAUAUAUGCCGUGCCUGAUGACACACACAGCCGUCUGGUCAAAAUAAGAAACUCCUUUGGAGGGUUACAUGGUCUCCACGUGGGAGGAGAGGAAGAGAAUGGAUUCGACCGGAAGUCUCAGGCUGGACGGCGGCCGUCAAAAUACAAACAUCGCUCUAAAAUCCUGUUCAGUAAGACGAAGGCCUACCAAAGACGAUUCCACUCCGACAGUGAUGGGGAGGAGUCCGGCCCUGCCACGCAGAAAAAGAAAAAGGGAAGAGCCCACCGGGGCAGCGAGGAGGACCCGCUGCUCUCCCCAGCCGACCCCUGGAAGGGCGGGAUAGAUAACCCUGCUAUUACCUCCGACCCUGAGCAGGAGGACAAGAAGAUGAAGAAGAAGAAGACGCCUAAAACACCAAAGGAAUCGAAGAAGCCGAAAUCCUCCAAGCCCCCCAAGCCUCUGUACCCCCCCACCCGGAGAACCUGGGAGAGCAACUACUUUGGCGUUCCCCUGCAGAACCUGGUGACCCUGGAGCGUCCCAUCCCUCUCUUUAUCGAGAAAUGCGUUGACUACAUUGAGCGCACAGGUCUGACCACAGAAGGCCUGUAUCGCGUCAGUGGGAACAAGACUGACCAGGACAACAUCCAGAAACAGUUUGAUCAAGAUCACAGUAUUGACUUUGUGGCGAUGGACGUGGCGGUGAAUGCUGCUGCCGGGGCGCUGAAGGCUUUCUUUGCUGACCUGCCCGACCCGCUGAUCCCCUACAGCCUGCACCCAGAGCUGGUGGAGGCCGCAAAAAUCGUGGACUACAUGGAGCGUCUGCAGGUCUUGAGAGAAAUCGUGAAGAAGUUUCCCCCUGUCAACUACCAGGUCUUCAAAUACAUCAUCACACACCUCAACAGGGUGAGCCAGCACAGCAAGACCACGCUCAUGACGGCCGACAACCUGUCCAUCUGCUUCUGGCCCACGCUGAUGCGGCCCGACUUCGAGAACAAGGACACGCUGUCCACCACCAAGCUGAACCAGGCCGUCAUCGAGUCCUUCAUCGUGCAGAGCGACUACUUCUUCCACGGCGGCGAGGUGGCCGAGAGCUCCAGCAGCGAGGGCACGCCGCCGCCACACUGCCACAACAUGGUGGAGGCCCUGCUGCCGCUGCAGCUGCCCCCGCCCCUGCAGCCGCAGCAGAUCCAACACACCCUGCCCCCCGACCCGCUCAUUUAAGAGCCAGGCGAGCAUGCUGGGAAAUUAAGGUCGGGGGUUAUUUGUCUGUGCUGCCAGCCGCUUUUGACCAACAACCACCUGUAGGUCGUCUUCUGCUCUGCAAAACGCUGGUCGGCCGUUAAAAUUUAAGAAAACACAAACCUGGUUGGUGAGUUUUAGGGAUUCAGCAGCUGCUGUUUGUCAUCGACUUUAAGGUGAAUGAGCUUUGGGGUUUAGAGACACGUCGACCAUUUGUUGGAUCAAACCUAAUCUGUGAGAUCUGCUCAUGCUGCGAGGUAAAUCCUGGAUUAGAGAAUUACAAUCGGACGUCACCUUUUGGAACUAAUAUUCGGAUCUGACCGCCCCCUUUUUACGAUACAGAGACUGAACAUGAACCGAUGAAUGAACUGAUUUGAUUUGGCACAUAGAGACAACACUAAUCGUCUAGCAGGGUUGGACUGGGACACAUUUGGGGCAAAUAAAGAUUCCCCUCCUACCUUACCCUGAUGAAAUAGCACACCGGGGUCUUAAGCCCCUGCUCCGUUUCCCUGCUCCGACACAAGAGAAAAGGGAAGUUAAAACUCACAGAGUCCCCGCGACUGCAACUUGAAUCUGAAACACCUGGUUCUGACUGACUGGUCGACUCAUUAGCUGUUUGACUGACUGGUUACCCGACUCAUUCGCAGGCUGUUUGUGGGCUGAAAGUGUUUCACGGAGUCUUCCCGCAGAUCUCCACAUUUCAGCACAGGAAAAUAUUUCUUCUUCUUUUGUUUCCCUUUGACCCAGAAUCAGUCAGUGAGCUGAGGCGAGGGGUCCAACAGUGGAUCUGUGAACUCGCUGACACGUUUGGCGUGGAUGAAUUUUUUUGUUCUGGGGAGGUGGAGGUUUUAAGUACUAAAAGAUAGAAUGAAUUGACCUUUAACCCACUACAUGAACUUUGACCUCCUUAAAGGACAGCACAUGCACGAUUUGUGUCAAAGGUCCCACAUGCCAACUUCAUGUCUGUUUGCUCCGUUUAUGUUGUUAUCAUUUCGACAAAUUUCUUUUUAUAUUUUUUUGUAUUGUCUGAUUUUUACCCAGUUUGUGUGCUUGUGUGUGUGUGUGUGAUGAUGAUGAUGGUGAUGCCAGUGUGUGUGUGUGUGUGUGUGUGUAUCUGUGUGAACUGACCUGUGGUCUGUAUUACAGCCAGUUUGUACCUUCUCUGCAGAGGGAAGGGGGGAUUCAGGAGGGAAAAAGGAAUUUAAAAAUGUGGACUGACGGACUCGUAACGCUCCAUACGAGAGAAUCUGACUCUACAGACUUCACUAUCAAUCUUCAGCUAACUGUUUCGUCUCUUUAGAGCCUCUAACUCUUAAUGCAAUGACUGACGUCUCUCGUUCUGUAGUGACGACCCCCCCUCUGACCCCUUCGAUGAUGGCACAUGAGUGAGGAAAACCACUGUUGCAAUGCAUUCUGGAUCCCAUAGGGUUCGAGGAGGCGUCUUCCGUGUUUUCGAUUUUCCUUCGCUUUGUGGAGGACGCUUUCUCUGCUUUUUCAUUUCUACUUUUUGUUCCGUUUGUUUGUUGGAAACGAAAAUUUGCAUGUCUCUGUUUUUGCCACUUAGUGAAAAAAAAGAACUUUAAAGUUUAAAAAAAUGAAAUGAAAUGAAAACACGCUGAAACUCUAAAGGAGCUUUUGUUCAGAUUUGCAUUGUUUUAUCUGAAUCUGUUUGGUUUAAGGGGAACAUUUCCACAGAAAAACUCUAAGAGAGAGAGUUUAUUUUAUGUUUUUUUUUUGCAUUUGUUUCUUUUCUGUCAUGCAAGAAAUCAACUCUUAAUAUCAUAUUUUUGGUUAUAUGUUGAAUAGUUUUCCCUAAAUAGAGGAAAGAAGUAUAUAUAAGUAUAUAUAUAUAAAAAUUUAUCAGCAGCAGAGGUUGCUGAGUUAGUGAAAUACCACGGGGUACUGGACUAUAAUCUGUCAGAAGCUAUAAUCAUAUUUCUUUGCGGUUCUGAUGGUGUAACUGAAACCCAUCUUUUUAUUUUUCUGAUGGUGUGUGAGUGUGAGAGUGUGUGUGUGUGUGUGUGUGUGUGUGGGGAGGGGGGCAGAUUAGUAGGUUUUAAUUCCUCUUUGGCCCGUCUGAAACAGAAGAGUAAAAAAUCCCUCAUCGCUUCCUUCAUCAGUGACACUUUGAGGCAGAGUUUACACAGACAUGAAAGUUAAUUUGGUAUCAACAUAAACUUCUGUUCACCUCAGUUUGUUUCUCAUCAUCUUCCUGUGUUUGUUUAAUGGUGCUGAAAAUCAUUUUUCUGAAAGAUAAGUCUCAGAUGAUCUUUGGCCCAGGGAAACAUUUAUCAGACACUCCUCUGCCUGACUUUAUAUAAAGAUGGCUGACAUGUCUCCACUUAUUCCCAGAACUAUACGAUACGAGCGCUGCCAUCUUUGUACUGGUGAGCCAGAGUCUGCCCAGUAGUGAUCGGCUGCUGUUGCCAUGGAAUUGAAGUUCCGCCUCUACACCUACCUGACCAAUCACGAGUCAAUCACAGCUGUCAAUGAUGACAUCACACCUCGUUUUCAUAGCAUCAGAUAAUUAGACAGUGAACACCUAAACAAACGAAACAAUCAACUGAAACAAUCUGUUUUUCAGUUCGGCGCAGGAGGGGGCGGGGCUUAUGGUCUGUACUGCAGCCAGCCACCAGGGGGCGAUCCAGAUAUUUGAAUUACAUUCGUCCAUCCUUUAUAAACAGUCAUUGGUAAUUUCCAAAUAAUUUCCAUGAAGCUUCCUGGAAAGAACUUCAUAGUUUGCUGUGGUGGAAAGUACUUACUCAAAUACUGUCACUUAGGUAGAGUUUUCAGGUACUUUUUUAAAAUGCUAAUUUAUACUACAUUUCUAAGUUAGAUGUACUUUUCAUCUACAUUUAUUUUAAGUACAUUUAACCAUAUUUUGUUGCUGAUACUUUUGCUACUUUGACCUGAGUAAAGGAUCUUUAUUCUUCCACCACUGGUACUUUGGUACUAGUUACAGGGAAAAUUAAUUUCAUCACUUCUUUAAAAAUCUGUUUUCCCUCUAGUGAGCACCAGAUUCUGCUGUAUAGUUCUUCCUGGUUCAAGUUUCUGGAAAUCAUUUGGAAAUUACAGACCUGUCAAAUAAAGCGUCACAACCAACACGUCUUCUCGCUAAAACUAAUGAACCAAAACGUAACACUUGUCAGUUACAGUGUCUAUAGAAAUACUUUUAAUUAUUUUGCACAUUUCUACACAAUAAUGUGUAUGCUUUUUCUUCUGGAUGCACAAAACUAGUUGGAGACGAUAGUGUUGUGUGAUCACCAAAUUAAAAGCCCUUUCAAAAGCUGUUUCCUGUAUAAUAAAACACACUUUAGUUAAUGCCCCCUCCAUGCUUUCUUCAGGCGAGUAAAGUGCACUUCCAUUAUAUUAAUCCCACAAACUCAACUCUUGUGAAUUGGAUCUUGCGUUGCUCUGUGAGAGGCUGUUUGUGUUUACAUCCUGUUUGGUGCUACAGUAUAAAAAAAGGGUGGAGAGGAAGUGACUGAUGGAACAUCUGCUCCGUGUUGUUUUGACCUCUCAGCACCAGACUGAACCAAACUCUCCUCAGAGAACAGACAAGACGACUUCAUCAGCAGGUCAAACAGUCAAACAGUGAAGAAGUCGAACACGUUGGGGAUUUGCUGACUUUUAAGCAUAAAAUUAGUUUCCUGUUCUUACUAUAAAAAGAAGAAGUUCCAAAAAGACCUUGAAAAGUGUAUUGAUCGAUGUCAGCGAUGGGGGAUGAAUCCAAUUAUACAAAAAUGUCGAGCGAGGGGUCUGUCCCAUUUCAGACGUGUCUCCUGUGUCCUCAACUUUCAACUUGUCAGCUGUUUCCUUUUCGGUCGAUUUCCCUUCCCUUCUUUUUUCUGUCAGAUUCUGCCAGUGUUGUUAGUUUUAUUUAACUGCAGAUAACAAUUUAAUCUCAGAAAACCCAAUUUAUUUUCCCACUAUCGCUGGAGCAAUGAGUCUCUCAGCAGAAAAUGUAUUUAUUUUCAUCGUCAUUUAUUAAGUAGAAAUACCAGAUGUUUGCUGGUUCUAGUUCAUCAAUGUGAUCAUUUGCUGCUUUUUUGGUUAUUUUAUGUAAUUUUAGAUUUUCAUAUUUUGAAGAUGUACGACACUGGGCACUUUUAAUUUGCUAAAUUGAAAAAAAGCCUUUAAUUCCCACAUCUUCCACCUGGAAUUUUUUUUUAAAUAAAAAAAAAAGUCAAACUUUAAUGGAUAGGAAAGGAACAGAAGCAGGCCCCCAAUAUGGAUAAAAAUGUUGGAUUUUAUUUUGAAGGAACAGGUCGUACUGGAGGGAAAGAAGCCAACUUAAAUCUGAUUUAGCGAACUUUAAAGGGCACUUUGAAGGCGACACAUGUCUGGAAUGGGACCCGCUGCAGACAGAUGAGAGAUGAUUUUCCUUUGAGAUGUGAAUGAGGGGGUAAAGGGUGUGUUAAAGGGGAUAAAUAUUCAGAAUGGAACGUAGCCAAAAGCCCAUUUUAAGGUUUUAUGAUGUUGGACUGAAGGAGGACACUGAAGGGCGCGAACGGCGAGAGUGGAUCAGAGCCAAGAGCAUCCUGAUGUACAAGCUCGAGUUUUGAGGGUGGGAGGUGGGAGUUGUUGGGGGGGUGGGGUGUUUCUGCAGCUGCUAGAUAAUAAAAGAUUAAGCUGUUCGUCUGUAGUUUUUCCAUCAAUCAAUCUUGUUCUUUUUUCUUUUAUCAUUCUGUUGAUAAGAUCUGCUCUCAUCCAGUCACGCCGGUGUACAAACCAACUGACUUUUAACGUCAUCCGCUGUGUAUUAUAGUAAAUAAAAAUGAUUUUCAGAAAUGAAAAACUCUAAAACAAGUUUCUUUUUGUUUUGUUUUCUCUCCAUAAUGUUUCCAAAUAAAGUUUCUUUUUUUCCAAA